CGUCGAGGAUGACCAAGGUAGCAUUUCCUUUACCGGCGCCGGUCGUUCAGGGAAAACAACAGUUGCAAUAAACCUAAUUAAUCAUUCAUCGAUUAAAGUUCAUCGGUGCUCUACAAAACAUCUAAGGCGCCUUUAGGUACAAAAUGGCACUUCGAAGCGCGAAAAAAGACACAUACUUUCACACUGCAACUGUUACCACAAUACUGCUUAUGUUUGUUCGAUUUGCUAUCGUCGAAGCAGAUUCGGAUUUUUACAACAUCAAUGAAGUUAUCCUUUAUGCAACACCGGAAAGUUGUCGGAGUGGUGAAUAUUUUGAUACUUUCGCGUUCAAGUGCAAAAUUUGCGACGAAGGAUUGCAUCUUCGGGUGGCGGAUGAUCUUCUCUCAUGCACCUGUGACGAGCGGUCCGUUCCGUGGCGAGACUACGACAGCUCCCUGCGUGGUCCGAUUUGUCGCAAUGUCAGCGAUAUGUUCGACCAGCCCGGUCCCCGUAUCGAGAUCAUAAAGUUCUGCAAAACGCACCACGUAAGCCUGCUCAAUUCGACCAAGACCGCUGGCAGGAUAAUUCAAGUCUAUCGGAAAACUUACCCGCCCGGCAAUGAAAGUACCGUUUGUGGCUGCAGCCAGCAAAACACCGUCCCAUACGGUGACCAAUUGCGACAAGGAGAAUCGGUACCAUAUUGUUUGCCUCAAACGUUGCUGAAAGACAUUCAAAACUAUCAACCCUUCAGGUUGAGUCACCGUCACAACGGUAACGUGUUCCGAAACAUUAAGCACUUAACUGUGUUUUGCCAUGUGAUGCGGAGCACGCGACACUGCCACUAUUUGGCCAAUCUGUGCGUACUCGCUUUCUACAGCUUGGAUAGAUAUUCGCCAUGUGCUAUCUUCUACACCUAUCAGACGUACGACGUAUCUUUGGGGGAUGGCAACAUUCCUGGGGCGGGUCUGCUGGGACCGAAAGAAGGUUCUGGAAAGGCAGCCAACUUGUGGACGCUGAGCGAUAAUGUUAAACCGGCCCUGUUCUACCGUCGUGGGAAGUAUGUCAACGAAAUCUUUGACAAGUACCUGGACUUCAGCUACGAUACCAACGAAACCAAUUCGAUAAACAACACGCUAAACUUCACCCUCAUUAGCUACGAUUUAUACGGCCACCUGAGGAAUUUCCGUGCCAUGCGCUUAACCGAUUUGAAUCUUUGUGAACGCUAUUCCGCCAGCCAAGAGCAGCGGGUUCGAUUCGCCCAAAGUUAUCACCGCCGGUGUCGGAUUAGCUUGCGGCGAAUGCUAGAGGACUUCAGUGAACCCGAGUUCAUCAAUCUCUACGCGGACUACUACGAUCAGAAGAUACGCCUACUACGGUCGAUUCCCGUGCUGAUACGGAAGGCGUUCUCCCAUAAUGAUAAUCUGGAUCCGGAAAAGUGGCAAUUGGUCAGAAGGUUUCUCAUGGUAGACACGCUCUCGGGAUUGAACGAACACUUCAAGCCCAGACUGUACGACGAGGGCACGCCCCAGGAAAAGUACCACUUUGUUCGUUACGUGAAACGUGUUGAAUUGGAGUGCAGAUUGCAUGCGGAUCAUGACAAGAACCCUAAUCGCGUGGCGGUGCCAUUACUUAAGCUGGACUACGGUGUGGUUAAUAUAUCACGAGAACUUGUUGGAUCAUUUUUCGAAGAGCUAGUGGAUUUUGAAUUCAAGAUAACGUUUAGUAAAAAGUAUAGUUUCGAAUCAAUUUUAGAGAUAAUUUUACCAAUAUUUAUCCUACUGGCCUUCACCAUGACGCUCUUCCAAACAUUCUGCCACAAAUUGCGCCAAAACAAACUGUACUACGAUAUGGAAAUUUUCUUCAACUUUCUUGUGUACCUGUGUUCUAAUGUAGCCACGGCACUGCUCGCCACAACGGUCAUCGUGGCACUGCACGUGUUCGUCACAUACAAAACGCAAACCAACGUAAAAAUGCUGCUACCGGUCGAGGUGCAGAGUUGUUUGGAGAUUUUCAUCUAUCUUGCCUUUGGCUUCAAGCUCAUCAAGUUGCUGCGAGUUUUUGUGACGAUUGCUGGUAUAGACAUAUUUUUCAUCGAUUGGGAGCGACCUAAAAUAUUCGAAACCGGUAUAGGCACCCAGCGAACACAUCUGUUGGAUACACCCUCCAUUGCGUCGAGCACUAUGGCCCGGCCCUCGUGUGACAGUGUAUCAGCCUGGCGUAACUAUUUCAUUGCCAACGAGUGGCAAGAGCUGGCUACGAAGCGUAAGAUUUCCAUGUUCGCUCACAUUAUCCUCCUGAUUGCUGUAUUUUUUCUGUGCGGAUUCGAACACUGGUCAGCGAAAAGUUUCGACCUUCACCUUCAUAAGCAAGAAGAACACCUGGGAGAGGACGACAAAGUUCUGAAGGUAGCCGUUGGGAUAAUCGUGUACGGAACGAUAUAUUUCGUUCAACGGAUCUACAAUUUCCUCAUCUACGAGCGUUUUAUCGAAAAUGCUAUACAGCAGUUCAUUGAUGUUGCUUCGAUUGCGAACAUCUCCGUCUUCAUCCUAUGCAUGGAAUCGUAUGGAUUCUAUAUCCACGGUCGGUCACCACAUGGUUUCUCCGAUACGGACAUGUGCUCGAUGAUACUACAGUUUAAGCGGGAAGAGGAUAAUCUUUGCGGUAACCGGGGCUUGCUGCCCGGCUCGGAGCAGCAAACCUACUCAAUAUUGGUGCCAAAGAAUCUGCGGGCUUUCUACGAUAAGCUGAUAGCACCGCUGAGAAAUUCGUCCAACUUUGGACCACAUCAACACCUGAAUCAAACACAUCUGGUCGGUAGUGCAAAGCUUAGUAAUUCGGGUGUAAUCAGCGGCCCUGGGGGACACUAUGAGUACACUUUUGAGAAGACCAUUCAUACGUACUAUAAUGUGAAUCGAUUCUUCGCGGCUUUUGUCGAUCAUGCCUUGAAAGACCUGGAUUAUAUUAUACAGGAGCGUAGUAUUCUGGAGAGUAUUCUCAACUGUGAAUUCCAGAGUUAUGUAACCGAAAAUAAAGGUGUUUUCUACAUCGACAACGGACACUCCUUUGAUCAGGUGCUGUUCUACGGCAAUGAGUCAAUAUUCUUCCAGCUAGAGUUAGCUCUAUUCCUAUUGAUUGUGCUACUGUGUAACGACUAUCUGGUGGCGAUCGUUGUGGUCGGGAUCGCAUAUAAGACGUUUGAGAUUGUGAUGAACUAUCUGCUGAAGAACAACCUGGCCAAAAAGACGCUCAUCGACAAAAGGUUUCUAAUUUGAAACAGCGGAUACAUAUAUACAUAUAUCCACACGAACGUAAAGUGGUAUUCAGUGUGAUACAGAGCAAUAACACAAGAGUUUCAUAUUGAAAUCAGCAAACUAGCGAUACCUACCUACUAGCGAUGAGUAGAAUAGAUUCUCAAGUUUUGUACAAUCUUCC